AGACACAAUAGAGAGACAGCUGUGGAGAGGUUUGCUUGUGGUCCGGGGUUGUCCCCACCAGAAAAUCUUUCUUCUCCCGCCUUCCCGCUUCUUGAAUUCUCAUCCCUUAGCCAAAGUCCAUUUAGAAAGAGAGAAAGACUCACAAAGUAGAGAGAGAAAGAGUGUGUGUGAGAGAGAGUAAUGUAGUGGUGCUACCUCUCUGGACAUGGACACACCAGAGAGGAACCAGAUCAACCCUCCCUGCUCUAAGUUUGAGGAUUCACCUGUAUUCAACUAUAUCAAUAGUUUGUCUCCUAUAAAGCCUGUCAAGUCUGUUCACAUUAGUCAGACUUUCAAUUCACUAAGCUUUUCUUCACCUCCAUCUGUUUUUACAUCACCCCAUGUCAGCUGUCUCAAGGAAUCAAGAUUUCUCCGAAGACAAUACCCACUGGAUGCUUCAAAGCCCAAGGUUUUAUCUGAAGAUGUAAAUAAAGUUCACUCGAGUGAGGAGACUCUUGCAGAUUCUACACGUCCACAUCAUAACUCCGGCAAAUUACAGGAAAACACUGAUAAGGGGAUUUCUGUAGGAGAUUCUUCAAUUGAGCUAUUGAGUGAGCACACAAAAUUCUCAGUUGAGCUACCACAAACUUUAAAAUAUAAUUGUGGUAGCCCUGGCUAUGAUCCUCCACUUUGUGGUGAUGAGGCUAACUCUCUUUUGGAGUUGCCUGGUGAGGCAGCAUCAGAUGUUGCCUAUGUUCAGGAAGGCUGUAAAACGGAUCCAGUUGAGGGUGAAGUUCAUUUUCAAGAAAUAUGUCAGAUUGAACCAAAGGAUGAGGGUCCAGACUGUUAUUGGGAUAGUUUAAUUCCCAAUGCCACUGAUAUGUUAAUUUUUAAUUCCCCAGGUGAAGCAGAAGCUUUUAAGGGUCUGAUGCACAAACCCUUGGACUCUUCUAUACGAGUUUGUGAUUUUAUGCCUCUGCUUCCACAAUCUACCAUCGAUAAUGGUAGGAAAAUACACAUUGUUGAUUCAGUUGCUUCAGGUUCUGAACAUGAAAUUGAAGAUCACUGUUCUGAGCCAAUAACAGCCACAGACAGAGAGCAAACACAGGGUAAUCUUGCCAAUGUUGCUUUGAUGACUAGCAAUCCAAACGAGAAGGCAAAUGAUGAGCUUGUUUCUGUCACGCACCGUGCUAUACGGAGGCGCUGUCUAGACUUUGAGAUGGCCAGUGUGCGAAGGAAGAACUCAGAUGAUAAUUCAAACACCAGUUCUGGUGUGCUACAGUCUGAUGAGAGGAAUGUUGGUAAUGAAAAGCAACAGCUUCCUGCAAAACGCAAUGGAAAUUUUCAGAGGGGCAUCCUGCGGGGAAUUGGUUUACACUUGAAUGCACUUGCUGCCUUAAAAGAUUACAAUGGCAUACAAAAUGAAAAAUCAUCUUCUGGAACACAACUCAAUCUGCCCAGCUCUUCUUUGCAAAUCUCUACUAGCCAAGAUGAUCAGCAACUAGCAUUGGUACCUGUAUCAUCUGAAAGAGAAUUGGAUCCAUCAGACAAUGGGGUUCAACCAGCUGAAGAUUGUUACCAGGCAUACAUGGCUGGUGAAGACUUCAAUCAGAGUAGCCCCAAAAAGAAAAGGCGUAAGUUGGAGCCAGCUGGAGAAACUGAGGGCUGUAAACGAUGUAAUUGCAAAAAAUCGAAGUGUUUGAAGCUCUAUUGUGAGUGCUUUGCCGCUGGUGUCUACUGCAUAGAGCCCUGCUCCUGUCAGGAGUGCUUCAACAAACCAAUUCAUGAAGACACUGUUCUUCAAACUCGCAAGCAGAUUGAAUCUCGUAACCCUCUUGCAUUUGCUCCUAAAGUCAUCAGAAGUUCUGAUUCUGUACCUGAUAUUGGGGAUGAUCCAAACAAAACUCCAGCUUCAGCACGACACAAAAGAGGAUGCAACUGCAAGAAAUCGAACUGCCUAAAGAAAUAUUGUGAAUGUUAUCAGGGUGGGGUUGGUUGCUCCAUUAGCUGUAGAUGUGAAGGGUGCAAGAAUGCUUAUGGUAGAAAGGAUGGUUCUGCUCCUAUAUGCCUAGAAACUGACUCAGAAGAAACAGAAGCAUCUGACAAGGGUGUGGCGGAAAAAGCCCUGCAGAAAACGGAAAUUCAGAAUGCUGAAGAUCAUCCAGAUUCUGCUAUUGUGUCAACACCAUUACGGCUUUCCAGGCCAUUGCUUCCGUUGCCCUUUUCAUCAAAGGGAAAGCCACCAAGGUCUUUUGUUACAACCAUCUCUGGUUCUGCAUUGUUUGCCAGCCAAAAGCUUGGAAAACCAAAUCAUCUCUGGUCUCAAGCUAAGCAUUUUCAAACUGUCCCAGAUGACGAAAUGCCAGAAAUUCUCCGAGGUGAUAGCUCUCCUAUCACUUGCAUCAAAACUUCUUCUCCAAAUGGAAAGAGAAUCUCCUCUCCCAACUGUGACUUGGGAUCAUCUCCUAGUCGCAGAGGUGUGAGGAAGUUGAGAUUACAAGCCAUUCCUUCAUUUCCUUCUCUCACCCCUCACCCUUAGAAUGGGGAUAUUUUUCCUUGUAAGUUAGUCCUCCUCUCCUCCCCCCCCCCCCCCUCCUUUUUCUUUAAGCAUGUUUUAGUUUGUUGCAGUAGAAGUUAUGCUUAGGUUUAUGUAUAUUGAGCUUUGUUUUACUUUUGUAAUAAUAUGUUGCAUUCCUUCCAUAAUGUACUAUUGAAGUAAUGGUUAUAAUCAUUACAGGGAUUAAUCUUUACGUUUUUCUGUUAUGAUUUUGGACAUUUGGUUGUGAUUAAGUUCCUAAUGAGCUUUGCU